AGACUAUGCAGGCAGCGGGCGGGCCUGUCAUGGUCUCCACAUCACCUCCGGACCUCCUCGAGACUCCCAUCUCGCCUACAGCCACCUCUAUAUCUCCCAUCCGCCCUUUAGCGACUACAGGCAAGUCCAUGCCUCCCUCGCCCUCACCUUCGCCUCCGAACCUCGGCAGGAAAACGUCGCUCAUCGACUUGAAUGAUUGGGUCGUAGACGACGGGCCUCUUCCAUAUGUCCCGAGGCAGAAACCACCUUUGGCUCGCAAGCCUCCUCCACCCCUUGCCCCCAAGCCGACCUCAAGACAUGUCUCAGACUCUGCCUUGCGUCAACCGCCACCUCCCCUGAUCAACCUCGACUCGCCGCCCAAGACUCGCACUGCUCCUCCCUUGCCACCUCGGAAGGCUUCGUAUUCGUCCCUAAAGUCCAUUUCACCAACAGAUACCUCCAACUCCGGAUCCCGUAGCCCUCGCCCUCCGGUUCCACCGCUCCCAAGUGUGCCAACGAGGUCCUCGUCCGAUUCCCUCACCGUUGAUCACACCUACCCACCGCUGUCCAAAUUAGGCAUCAAUAUACCCUCACGUCAUGUGCCGGGCUCCUCGAUAUCCUCAUUUCAUUCAGUCUCUCUCUCCUCAGAUGGAGGUGAUCCAUCUACCCCAGGCACCGCGAACUCUUUGGCCAACCACGUUGCCACCUACCCAAUAGACCGCGAUGACGAUCACGAUAGGGGAAGCCUUCGCGAUCUGGACGCCGUCAGUCUUGACGAGUCGUUCGAAAACCUCUCUGUAACGUCUGCUGUAAGCCCUUCCGUAUCAUCUGUCUCGCACGAUUGGGAAGUGUACGCAAAGCGCGAACCUCCCAAACUCCCCCAGCGUCCAGCAAAAUCCCCCGCUUCCGCGCCGACGUCACCCCGUACCUCACCACGCCUGACGCCGAGACGAGACGGUCCGGCUCCUCCUCCCCCUCCACGCUCACGUCCACCUUCCUCCCGCAAUUCUCUUGCCUCGACCUCUGCGGCUUCCACUUCCGACCGCUCCUCCAUUCUCAGCACUGCUACCUCACGCACGAGCAUCAGCACGCGUAGCACCACGACCCCGAAGCCCAAAUCGGCAAUGCUCACGCGACCCACGCCUGUGCCUCCUGCCGCGCGCAAACGCUAUGAAGCCGUGUUCAAUGGGAACGUGAUUGCCGCUCGCCAGGCGCAACGCGCCAAGUCGCCUCCCCCAAUACGCAAGCCUCGACAGGCGGCCGGUUGGCGUGGGCUCUCGGUGGACCUGAUCACAAAUCCGGAGGAGAUCAGUUCCAGCGUCGAUCCGGGGACGCGCUCGGAGCCCAUUGAGGAGGAAUUGAGCAGUGAUGAGAAGCUGGACGGGCAGACAGUGAAGGCAAUAUGGAAGCUGUCUAGACUCGAAAAUGCAACAUUGCGCAUGAUAUGGAUGGAGUGUGACCCGGCGGGUACCGGUUCCCUUGAUCGCGACGGAUUUGUGAAGGGCAUGUGGCGAUUAGACGAGGAGCUACGCAAGGUACAGAUGCAUAGGCAUGCGACGCCACGCAUACAAGUCCGCCAACCAAAGCCCUCCCAUCCUCCGAGGCUGAUACUGCGAUAAUGCCUAACCCGCUCCUUCACCUCCGCUCCGUUACAUAGAUCUGCAUAUGGCACUCGUUUGCCAGUCACAUGGUGACCUAAUCGCUUUGCUUUCGCUCAUUCUUAGGGACACGUUACGGUUGUCAGUCGAACUCUGUUUGCAAUUGUAUGACUACUCCGUUACCCAAUGUUUGAUGCCUACUACUGCUGUUGGCCGCAUACCGGGUCACAUGCAGCCUAAUCAC